AUGCCAUGUCAUGUGAAUGUAGAACCAGAAAUAUACGAUGUGGAGGAAAAUGAGCAGGCAGAUGAUUUUCCUACAGAUCAUAUUGAUGGCUUACGAAAAGAGUUGGCGGUAGCUUACUCGACAAUAAGCAGUCUCAAGCACACCAUUCAGCGGCUUUCUCCUUUCACAGAAGAUUCAAUGCAGUCAUCCACUGAUGGGUUCAUUCAGCACUACACUGGUCUCCCAAAUUUCAAAGUUUUGAAAGCAGUGUUUGAUUUUGUUACACCACAAGACAUGCGCACUAAAUUGUCAAGAUUCCAAGAGUUUAUGGUCGUAUUGAUCAAACUAAGAUUGAACUUAUCUAAUGAAGACCUGUGUUACCGGUUUGAUGUCUGUCGUUCAACCAUUUCCAGAAUACUGUCACGUUGGCUGACAAUCUUAGAUGCUGAGUUACAGCCACUAAUUUUGUGGCCUGAUAGAGACAUUUUGAGAAAGACUAUGCCGGAAUGUUUCCUGUCCUCAUUUGGAGAAAAAGUGGCAAUUAUUAUCGACUGUUUUGAAAUUUUUGUUGAAAGGCCUACAAAUCUUUUAGCUCGAGCAUGUACUUGGUCCCAAUACAAACACCACAACACGGUAAAAUUCUUGAUAGGUAUAGCACCGCAAGGCAUCAUCUCAUUCAUUUCAGAUGCAUGGGAGGCAGAGUCAGUGAUAAAUUUUUAA